AACUACUUUAUUUACAAUCACACUUGUGCUAGCCGGCGAGCGGGCUAGUUAACUAAAGCGAGCGAGCGAGCUAGCUGGCUAAACAUUUGGAACUUUAUGACCGCACCUAGCUAGCUGAACUAGGCCUGUUAGCAAGAGCCUACAGCGUUAUCAGCCAGGACAGGCCUUAGUGGACAAGAUGGAGAAGGCGCCCCGUUUGUUAGCUGACUGGCUAGUUUAGUGAUAGCCACAGAAAUCGGUGGAGGUGUCUGUCUUGAUGGAUGUACUGACCAGGCUGGAGCACGCAGAUGUGAAGAGGAACCAGGCUGCACCAACUAGACAAUUUGACACCCUGCCACGAGAGACAGUCCUGCUGCUGCCCCCCUUUCACCCCUGCCUGUCCACAUACAUGUUCUUACAUGAAGAGAGGGGAGAAACCCGAAGGAUACCGACAAAUGCGACCCAAGACCUUUCCCGCCACCAACUACAGUGGCAACAGUCAGCAGAUGCUGCAGGAAAUCCGCGAGAGCCUGCGGAAUCUCUCCAGGCCUUCGGACCCUGCUAAAAUGGAUCCGAAUCCCGGUGCAGGGAAGGCGCUGGCCGAGGACCUCAGGCAGCAGGGUCGGACCAGCAACCCCAAGCACCCCUACCAUAAGGCCUUACAGGAGAUCCGCAAGUCCCUGAUGCCCUUCGCUAACGAGCCCAGCUCCUCCUCCCGCGGUACUGAGGUCAACAAGCAGAUGCUGCUGGAGCUGCAGAACGCAGGCUUUGAGGAGGAGAUGGUGAUCCGUGCGCUGAAGCAGACCAACAGCUGCAGCGUGGAGGCCGCCAUCGAGUACAUCAGUAAGAUGAGCUACCAGGACCCGUGGAGGGAGCAGAUGGUGGCCGCAGCCGCACGACCCGUCAACGCGGGAAUGAAAGCACCCUGUCCCGCCCACAUCCAGCAGCCUGUGCUGAGGAAGCCAAGCUUGAAGGGCUCCAAGGAGCCCGUGGCCUCCCAGAGGCACGGGCCCCUCGUGGUGGAUGGACUGAUGUACCACCCCGACACCCAGGGUGCCCAGGGAGACAUGGCCUGGCAAGGUCACCCUGGAAACGGGCAGAGAGUCAACCCUCCCCUGCCUCCCCAGGUGCGCAGCGUCACACCUCCCCCAAACAGAGGCACGACCCCGCCCCCGCCGUCAUGGGAGACCAACCCCUCCACCAAGCGCUUCUCCGGGAACAUGGAUUACCUGGUGCCCCGCAUCUCCCCCGUCCCGCAAGGAGCCUGGUCUGAGGGGUACUCCGCUCCUCCACCUCAGAACCAGAGGGGCAUCAGUCCUGUUCCGGUUGGUCGCCAGCCUAUCAUCAUGCAGAGCUCUGGGGGGAACAAGUUUAGCUUUCCCUCUGGCUGGCCCCAGGGCAGCUCAGGGCAGCCUGAGUAUGUGGGACACCAGAAUGUGGCCCUGAGUGGGGGCGGACGUCAGCCCCCACCUCCUUACCCGAUGGGCCAGGGCAGCCGGCAAAGCCCCACGGCCCUGCAAAUGCAGGCCGGAGGCCCCGCGUCUUCCCCUACCUACGUCAAUGGCGGAAACCUCCCCCAGUCCAUGCUCGUGCCCAACCGCAACAGUCACAACCUGGACCUGUACAACCUGAGCGUCCCGGGACUGCCCCCUUCCUGGCCCCAGCCCCAGCCCUCCCCGGGCGGCAGCGGUCACGAGAUCCCGCCCUCGUGGCCGCAUAACAUCCCCGUCCGCUCCAACUCCUUCAACAGCCACCAGCUGAGCAGCCGGCAGAGUCACCCGGCCAGCUCCCAGCCCUCUGCCACUACAGUGACGGCCAUCACCCAGGCCCCCAUCCUGCAGCCCGUCAAGAGCAUGCGGGUGCAGAAGCCAGAGCUUCACACAGCCGUUGCUCCCACCCACCCCCCCUGGAUGCAGCAGCAGCAACAGCAGCAGCAGCAGCAACAGCCACCCCCUCCGAGCCCCUACCAGGAGGGACCCGCCCCUAUCACCGUUGUACCUGAAGUCCCUGGCUACCAGGGUCCCCCGCCCCCCUACCCUAAACACCUCCUCCAGCAGCCUGCUGCAACCUGCCAGGGUUACGAUCCCACCCCCAAGGGCGGCGGCGGGAAGGAGGAGCCGGCGGAGGAGGAGGGCGGGGGGAGUGGCGGCAGUGCCGGCGAAAGGAUGGAGGGCUCGGAGGGCGGGACGGUGGUGCCGCCGCCGACGGACCGGGAGAAGAAGCAGAUAACCACGUCCCCGGUCCCCGUGCGCCGGAACAAGAAGGAGGAGGACCGGCGUGUCCCACUCUACUCCCCGCAGGCCUUCAAGUUCUUCAUGGAGCAGCACGUGGAGAACAUCCUGAAGAACCACCAGCAGCGGAUCCGUCGCAAAAAGCAGCUGGAGAGCGAGAUGCAGAGGGUGGGUCUCUCGGGUGAGGCCCAGGAGCAGAUGCGCAUGAUGCUGUCCCAGAAAGAGUCCAACUACAUCCGGCUAAAGCGGGCCAAGAUGGAAAAGUCCAUGUUCGUCAAGAUCAAGACGCUGGGCGUGGGCGCCUUCGGCGAGGUCUGCCUGGCACGCAAGGUGGACACCAACGCGCUGUACGCCAUGAAAACGCUGCGCAAGAAGGAUGUGCUCUUGAGGAACCAGGUGGCCCAUGUCAAGGCUGAGAGGGACAUCCUGGCCGAGGCCGACAACGAGUGGGUGGUGCGUCUCUACUACUCCUUCCAGGACAAGGACAACCUGUACUUUGUCAUGGACUACAUCCCGGGAGGAGACAUGAUGAGCCUCCUGAUCCGUUUGGGAAUUUUCCCGGAGGAGCUGGCCCAGUUCUACAUUGCCGAGCUCACAUGCGCCGUUGAGAGCGUUCACAAGAUGGGCUUCAUCCACCGCGACAUCAAACCCGACAACAUCCUCAUUGACCGGGACGGCCACAUCAAGCUCACCGACUUUGGCCUCUGCACUGGCUUCCGCUGGACCCACGAUUCCAAGUACUACCAGAGCGGCGACCACAUCCGGCAGGACAGCAUGGAUUUCAGCAAAGAGUGGGAGGACUCGGGCAACUGUCGCUGCGGAGACCGGCUGAAGCCCCUGGAGCGGCGGGCAGCGCGGCAGCACCAGCGCUGCCUGGCCCACUCUCUCGUCGGCACGCCCAACUAUAUCGCCCCGGAGGUCCUGCUCCGCACAGGUUAUACCCAGCUCUGUGAUUGGUGGAGUGUUGGCGUCAUUCUGUAUGAAAUGGUAGUAGGGCAGCCCCCUUUCCUAGCAACGGCACCCCUGGAAACGCAAAUCAAGGUGAUCAACUGGCAGACCACCCUGCACAUACCUCCGCAGGCGAAGCUGAGCCCUGAGGCGUCCGACCUGAUAGUCAAGCUGUGCCGAGGUCCGGACGAUCGGCUGGGGAAGAACGGCGCGGACGAGAUCAAAGCGCAGCCCUUCUUCAAAACCAUCGACUUCUCCAGCGACCUGCGGCAGCAGCAGAAGCCCGCCCCGUACAUCCCCAAGAUCACGCACUGCACCGACACCUCCAACUUCGACCCCGUCGACCCCGACAAGCUGUGGAGCAGCGACGACGGCGAGGGCAACCACAACGACACGCUCAACGGCUGGUACAAAAACGGCAAGCACCCCGAGCACGCCUUCUACGAGUUCACCUUCCGCCGCUUCUUCGACGACAACGGACACCCCUACAGCAGCCCCAAGCCCAUCGAGUACGAAGGCUACGACGAGGACGACCCCGAACUGGAGGGCCCGAGGGAAGACCAGGGGGAGCGGGAGCCCACCCGGGGGGCACAGGGCCGUGACCUGGUGUACGUGUAGACAACUCCGCUUUUUGAUAGCCCAACGUGUGGUGUGUCCAAGGUUAGAAUAGGACAGAAAGACCGUUUUUAGGCCAUGGAUGGCACGUGGUUGGGCCUUACUCUCUUCGAGGUCCAGCACAGAGUGGGGGAUGCAUGGCCUUGAUGGAUUCUGGUGUCUGUUCAAGCAGAGGGGGUUGGGUCUGGCUCUGACCACACAAAAGGUGUAUUUAUUAUUAUGGGAUGUAUAUUGUACACUACAACAAUGUGGUUGGAACUGAUGUAAAAAGGAAAUUGUUUAAUAUGUCUGGGUGCUCUGUACUUGGAAAGAGGUCCCCCCCCCCACCCCAAGAAAUAAACCCCCUUAUUAAGCCUUAAUUUAUUUGAAAUAUUGUAAACUGGUGAUAAUGGUAACUUUCAGCAUACACUAUGGAACUUGUUUUGUAGUUGGAACUUAAUUUCAUUGCAAAUGUGUCUUAAUUUAUAUUUGAUUAGAUGUUGUACUAAGAGAAGUUGGGAAGGGAAUGGCAGAAUUGGUCUGAAUAGAAUUGCAGGGAUUGAAAAUGUUAAACUCUUGAAAUGCUGCAGUGCCUUUGAGAUCAUCGGAUUUCUUUUACCAAAUACAUAAGAAGAAAAAUUAAUUUGACUGGCAUUUAAAAAAAAAAAAUGAAAACACUAGUUUAAGCAAGAUAGUGGAUUGUCUUAGCAGUUUGUGUAUUUCUUUCUAAUUUAUACAUAUAAAUGUAUUUAUAAAUUAUGCUGUAUAAAUUUCAUGUAAAUAAUGUUCUCUAUUGUGUGGGUUUCUGUGAUGAACCUCCUGAAGGCAGGCCCUCUACUACUUCAUUAUUCCAUUUAAGCUUGGUUCCUCUAAGGUUGUUGAUCAUUCUUGGCCUUCAACAUGUCUUGUACAUUUUUUGUCUCCAAAAGAACUAAGUGAAAAGCACACCAGUUUUAUUGCUAAUAUUCAAAGCUAAGACAUAAUUUGGAAUGUUUUCCUGGAAUUUGUUAUAUGAAAUGCUCCUAUCCUGUCUGUGUUCUCGGUCUUUAGCAACUGUGCCUUCACUGAUACACCACCACCAUCGCCGCCCAACCAAAGUAUGAAGCAAUGACUUGGAUACUUCCCAGACAUGGCUGGCAGCUCAUAAAGGAUUAAUGCGAUAAAUUAAAGACUGUUUAUAAAAUGUGUGGGAUGGCACUAGAUAACGCUGUUUUAGAAGCCUACCAGUGGCUCCAAAAGGCUCACAGCAAGUGCAUUUCUGAACUCCAGGGAAUUUUGCAUAUCUUGGAGAGGUUUGAAUGUAGUUCUGGGUGUAUGAUCAUUGAUAUUCCUGCACUGUUUUUUUAACUGUAAUCAUGUUAACAUGAUAUCCAAAUUUGGUUUAGUGGUAAAUGUUAUGGGGGUGGGUGCAGGGAGAGGAGAAUGAUGAAUAAAAUAUAUAAAGCACAAUAUAA